AUGAAGUGUGUAUGUGGUCAGGACUAUGUCGAGCUCGUCUUUAAUUACACUUGUUGGUGCUCUCUACAACUUUUUUCUCCACCCCCUGAUGCUCCACCACCUGAUGCUCCACCACCUAACGCUGCACUACCUGAUGCUGCGUUAGCACGUGACGCUCCACCACAUGAUGCUCCACCACCUGAUGCUCCACCACCUGAUGCUCCACCACCUGAUGCUCCACCUGAUGCUCCACCACCUGACGCUCCACCACCUGAUGCUCCACCACCUGAUGCUCCACCACCUGAUGCUCCACCUGAUGCUCCACUACCUGAUGCUCCACCACCUGAUGCUCCACCACCUGAUGCUCCACCACCUGAUGCUCCACCUGAUGCUCCACCUGAUGCUCCACUACCUGAUGCUCCACCACCUGAUGCUCCAGCCCCUGAUGCUCCACCACCUGAUGCUCCACCACCUGAUGCUCCACCACCUGAUGCUCCACCACAUGAUGCUCCACCACCUGAUGCUCCACCACCUGAUGCUCCACCACCUGAUGCUCCACCACCUGAUGCUCCACCACCUGAUGCUCCACUACCUGAUGCUCCACUACCUGAUGCUCCACCACCUGAUGCUCCACCACCUGAUGCUCCACCACCUGAUGCUCCACCACCUGAUGCUCCACCACCUGAUGCUCCACUACCUGAUGCUCCACUACCUGAUGCUCCACCACCUGAUGCUCCACCACCUGAUGCUCCACCACCUGAUGCUCCACCACCUGAUGCUCCACCACCUGAUGCUCCAGCACCUGAUGCUCCACUACCUGAUGCUCCACCACUUAAUGUUCCACCUUAUGCUCCACCACCUGAUGCUCCAGCCCCUGAUGCUCCACCACCUGAUGCUCCACCACCUGAUGCUCCACCACCUGAUGCUCCACCACCUGAUGCUCCACCACCUGGUGCUCCACCUGAUGCUCCACCACCUGGUGCUCCACCUGAUACUCCACCUGAUGCUCCACCACCUGAUGCUCCACCACCUGGUGCUCCACCUGAUGCUCCACCACCUGAUGCUCCACCACAUGAUGCUCCACCACCUGAUGCUCCACCACACGAUGCUCCACCACUAUUUGCCCCACCAUGA